AUGGCGAUAUGGCCGUUCGGUCGGAGGGGCAAGCGGAAUACCGUUCAGGUAGAUGCAGAUGCCCGCGGAGUUGGCACGAUGUCGCAAAACUCUCGCCACAGUUUUGACGAGGCCAAGCUAGGCAGGAAACCAUCUCGCAAGCGGUCCAAACGUCACAAGAACCGUUACUCGACGCCCGUCGACGACUUUCCGACCGAUCUGAGCAGUAUCAACACCCCAACAGCCCAGCCUGCCCACUACUCGUCAUCCAGCUUCCAGGGCGCGCGUCACCGACAGGGGAAAGCGAGUGCGUUCCAAGCUUCAUCUGCUCCGAUCCCAGAGCUCCAAGCGAUGCCCCGAACACCAUCUCUUCGCAAACCAAAGCGCAACAGCUCACCUCCCGCGACAUUGAAGAAGAGGUUGAGCAAGCGGAAGAUCUAUGAGAUUGCGAGGGAGCGUGAGAUUAAAAUGAUGUCUUCCAUGCCAAUCGACAUUCCUCGGCGCGCAACGACCCCCCUACCGGGCGAACCUAUGCAGAUCGAUGCUCGUCGGGCUUAUAGUUCUCAGAGUCGACGUAUAGACCGACAUCGCUCCGAUAUCAGCCUCUCACUCCGAGAUUCCGCUGCCUCGUCGCUCUCCGACCACUCUGAUAGCUAUACCUUCAAAGUUAACAGCUUUGCCGCUUGGACUCCUCGCCCUGUCAUACGAUACGUGGAGUCCCCUCGUUCAUCGUACCCCAGGAGUCAGAAAUCGCCGGAGCCGGCUGAUCGGAGGACAAUGUCGCCGUCUCUCGAGGUUUCCGACGAGGAUCUGCGCUCAAAGAGAAGAAUCGAUGAGCUGGCCAACGACCUUAAUGCGGGUACAUUGAGGGAGCUAAUGGACAGAGAUCGCCGACGCCGAGAAAGACAACAGCUGAAGGACCAAGAGAAGCUUGUCCGCAAGCUACAACGCACUGCGCAGAGGGUACCAAAACCUGAAGAACUGCCUACCGGGUCUCCAAAAAUUCGUGAGGGCGAAAGGAACGGCCAUUCUGAGACUCAGCGCGGUCGCUCUAGCCCUCAAGCUCAAACUGAAGCUCAAACUGAAGCUCAAACUGAAGCUCAAACUGAAGCUCAAACUGAAGCUCAACCUACAGCCCAAGAGACAGAAGCGUUCUUGUCUGGCCAAGCCGAAGAAGGUUCGUGGCUGCGGGAUACCUCCAGAGACGUUGAGAGGAGCGGCCGCAAAUCCCCCGAAAGCACCCACGUCGUUGGCAAUAUCGAUGACAGCUCUAUUCGUGAGAAAAAGGCCGCCCAACGCCUCAGCUUUGGCCCGUCUCAAGAGAUGACGAUGUCUCGCAGCACACUCUCACCCUCACACUCACCGUCCAGACGUGGACUACACAGCCCGAAUUCUUCUCAACUCUAUGGCAUGACUCGAGAAUCCUUGUCUGAUAUCUCUAAGACCGUCGGCUCCGAACGGCGCUCAUCUGACCACAGCAGUGCGCAUGUCAACCCGAUCACUUCAAUCUUCCGCCGCGGUAGCUCUCGUCUGAAGCGCAGCUACCGAGAACGCUUCCCAGACAGCAGUCCACCGAUGAAAAACGUUUCGCAUGAAUCGUUCUUCAAAGUUCACACGCAAACCCCGACCCCAGCUCCCACUCCCUACGUUCCUCCAAGGGCUUUACUUGGAUCGAACUCGUUUAAACGCUCUCAUUCCAAGUUUACCGAACACUUUGGUGACGAGCCUCUCUCGCCACCUGAUUCGCGCCUUCAGUCUCCAGAUAUUCCCGAGCACGAAGCUCUGGUCGAAGACCAGGUCCCCGAUCUUCAGUCCAAAUCUUACUAUCCCAUCCCUGGAACAGAUGACCGGGAUGGAGUAAAGAAUGGUCGAAACUCGUGGGCUGAUAGUGUCGAAGAUGAUCCAGAUAACCUACCCUUGUCGCAAUCCUUGGCAUCGGUCGACUCAGAAGGGUCAUGGAUGUCAGGCCAAUUCCUGCGUCGUAUUUCACAAAAGCAAGCCAAUUCAGGCCGGUCUUCCCGAAACAGAACGGAGGAAGGGCUUGAUAAGUCACUCAAGGGUGACGAGAACACAGGCGACGCACAGAUUCAGGUUGGUUUUGGCGCCUUCCCGGUUGAAGUGAGCACUGAAACCAACAAUGCUGCCGCCGACAAGGACCUCGUGGCCCCUUCUCAGCAGGAGCCAACAGCCGAAACUUGGCGCCAGGAUGUUGCCAAGCGGCCCGUCCUUGUGGUGAACCCAGCAGUGCGGCCCAAGUCGACCGAAGGCCUCCUCAACAAUGUUCAAGCUCUGUCCCCGAUCUCAGCGGAGGCGGGAAUUAGUCCGAUUGAAGAACAUACUGCCGAGAUUCUCUUACCAACGGAUGAUGACACCGCCGCCAAUACCCAGGCGCAUCCUCGAUGA